UCUCCAGUUCGGACCUUUCUGCGGCAUACUUUUGGGCCUCACCCUGGAAAUGGCCCUCCUACACUACACCUUUGAGCAGUUUGAGUUGUACCUGAAGUGGGCCCUCAGCAAGCACGGGGAGUUCACCCCCGCCCCCACCAUUCAGCCGUAUCCGGGCAUCUUCAUCGGUGAUCUUAGCCAGCUGAACAGGUUCAAGCGCAAUGCCUUCUCCGCCGUGGUGGGAAUCCUUUUCGUGUUGGCCUUUGUCGGAAAUCUGGGCACCCUCUACGUCAACUCCCGCCGGAAACUGAGACCCUUCUUCCGAUCCUGCCUGAUUUCACUGGCCUGCAGUGAUCUCUCCUCCACGGUUUUCUGUACAACCUCCUACAUGGCUCAGUUUAAUGCGGAGUACCUCCAGCUUUGGACUAUUGGUGGCUUCAUGUGCAAGUUUGUGCCCUUUGCCACCACCACUUCGGUGCUCUCUGGAAGCCUGACCCUCGUGGCCAUUGCCCUGGAUCGCUACCUGGCCAUAAUGCGGCCAGUGUUGGGCUUCUGGAAUCCGGACUACCGCUUCAGUGUGGUCACCAUGCUGCUGAUUUGGGCCUGUUCCAUUGGCGCCUCGGGUCCGCUGUUGGGCAUCUACGAUUACCAGCGUGUCCAACUGCUGGAUGCAGAGGAUUCUCAGACAGAGGACGAGGACGAGACCAAAGAAGUGCCCAGGGAACUUGUGGUCACCGAACUGGAGCUGGUGCACAUGUGCCUGGCCGGCGACCACGCUGUCGGAUUAUACUACGUAGUACUCUUUACCCUGAUCUUUAUGCCCUGCAUAGUGGCGUUCGUUUGGCUGAAUGCCAUCAUUGCCAGGCAGCUCUGGCUGAGGCGGCACUUCCACCAGGAGCAGCAGGUGCGCCAGCAGGAGCCCCAGCAGGGUCAGUUCAAGGCCCUCGGGUCGGCAGGCGGCAGUGCGGACUUCCUGAUGCCCUCGACCUUGGCCAGUGCCAUCGGCGUGGCCCUGCCCUUUGCCGUGGACAAGAUGCCAGUGCCCUCCAGCACUCCUUCCCCCAAUCCUGCAAAGAAAACAACAGCUGCUUCGUUGGCCAGGGAGGCGAGACACCGGAAAAUGGUGGUGGUGGUACUGCUGAUGAUGGCCGUCUUCAUAUUCCUACGACUGCCCGCCUGGGUCUUCCUGAUUAUGCGACUCUACGGAUCCUACUCGGAGCCCAUCGACUGGCUGCUGUACUUCAGCUUUGGCAUCCUCAACCUCUUCAGCUGCGCCCUGAACCCCAUAUUUUACACGUUUCUCACCCAAACGAUACGCACGGCAUCGCUGGUGAAGCAAAAAAUCCGGUAUUUCCUUGGCUGCUCUCCCGGGAAUGUUCAAGACGCCGCCAUGCCGACGGAGGAGAUGAACAAAGGCAAGUGGUCGCAAUGCUGUUGUGGUCUGCGACCGCCCACCUUCACCUGGCGCUGCCACCUUGCCCGGAAUGCGGCAGCCACCACCGAAGUCCGGGCCUCGGACCACAAGUCCGCCAGUGCAGCGGUGCAGCAGGAGCCGGCCAGCCUGAAACGCAUCCUGAGCUUCAAGCACGAAGUGUUCACCAUUUACAAGCAGUGCGAUGACUCGACUUCGAGUGCGUCAAUUGAAUCCUCUGCCUGAUAGGCGACCACACCGAUCAUAAAUCACCCGGUUGCAUUUGUCGGAUACGGGAGUAAACGGUUAGCAGAACUUGAUUGAUGGUUAUAGUUCCCCAGGCCACCCACCUCCCAUCCGACAAUCCCCUAGAUGGCGAAAAAAACAGUGUGUCACGGUUGGUGGGGGGGUUAUCAGACAUCAAAAUAUGUGAAUAUAUAUAAGCACGUACAUUAUGUACCUUAUCAAAAGUGUAAAUAUGGAGA